UCAAAUGAUAUUGACUUUGUGGUUUUAAUGAUUCUUCGUUAUAAAAAUAAUAAUUUGCAUUUGUGAACUGCUUAUCUAUUUAUUUAUUUAUUUAGAGUAACGAGUUUUCUUAACAUGAGUAAUAGAAAUGGUAGAAAAUCUUUAGGUGUUAAAAGACUCCUUUGCAGUUCGGAUGAUGAUGAUAGUGAUUCUCAAAUGGAAAAUCCAGUUUUUCAGAGAUCAAGUAAUGAUCCUAACUUACAAGCAGAAAAUGAAAUUGAAGAUACAGAAGAAAAUGAAAUGCCAAAUGCUCUGGCUGAUAGAGCGGCCACAAAAUCAGAGAGGGCACAUUUCUUUAAGAUGUUAAACAGACCCGCCAGAGCAUCUCCACAUGAAUCCGCAAUGGAACAUGAUUAUAAUAGACCAUCUGAAGUGUUUGACGAAAGCACCCCUAGGAAUAGUAAGGGAGUUGAUUUGAUGAAGAUACUCUCUAUACAGAGAGUGAAGCGUGGAAUGAAUGCUCGUAAUGCAGAGAGGAACGCGCCCUCGACGUCGAAUGUGGCCAAUGAGGAGACACCUGUCAGGGCGGAGGCACCGCGGGUACCUGUACCCACCCUGUCUGCGGCAAACAAAGAUGAGACGAGAGACUUUUACUUAUUACUUUUAUCGGUAAUACCGGAGAUGCUGGAGCGCGCCCGUUCUAUGGGGGGGCAGCCCCAGCCCUCCACCAGCGCGCAGGCCGCGCCGCCGUGCCCUCACACGGCUCUCUACACUGAGCUCACUGACAAUUCUGAUAAUGAAGAAGACCAACCGGAGAUGGAACCUCCGAGGAAUUACGAAAAUGACGCAAAUGACACAAAUGACGCAAAUGACGCAAAUGACACAAAUGACACAAACGACGCAAAUGACGCGAAUGACGCGAAUGACGCCAAUGACGCUAACGAUGUGGUGUCGGAAAAUAUCGAUGCGGUUAAUAUUUUGGCGGCACCGAUGAAGCAGGAGAUGGAUGAGGAGUGGGAUGGAGAUGGGGAGGAGGAGGGAGAGGGCGAGGCGGAUGGGGAGGGAGAGGGGGAGGGCGAGCCGGUUGGGGAGGGGGAGGGCGAGCCGGAGGGAGAUGUUGAGGUGGAAGAAGAGAUCGAUGUGGGGCACGAGGAGCGCCCGCAGCCGCCCCCUAGCGCCAACAGUGUAACACAAGCUACCACGGUUACUCCUAAUACGCAGAUGGUAGCUACAUUUCGUACACCGUGA